AAUAGUAAGCUCUGUAUUGUUUCAAAAAUGAAUAUUUAUUAAGCAAUUACUUCAACGAUAUUUGUGUUAUAUAUGAGGCUAGCUUCGCAUAUGUAGCAUUAGCCUGUAAGAUUCUCACUGGAUUUUGAACUAGGAGACAAAGAUGACCUCAAAAGCAAAAGUGGGAAAGGUGGGCACCAAAAGCAAAGAAGAUGCUCCUCAUGAGCUGGAGAGUCAGUUUGUUUUACGGCUUCCUCAGGAAUACGCCUCUACGGUCAGGCGGAUUGCCCAGUCUAGCAGCAUGAAUAUGAAAGAUAGACUUACAAUAGAGUUGCAUGCUGAUGGACGCCAUGGGAUUGUUCGAGUGGAUCGUGUUCCAUUAGCAUGUAAAUUAGUGGAUUUACCCUGCAUCCUGGAGUCUUUAAAAACUGUUGACAAAAAGACCUUCUAUAAGACAGCCGAUAUCUGUCAGAUGCUGGUAUGCACACUAGAUGGAGAUCUAUACCCCCCUCUAGAGGAGCCCACGGGUACUGCUGACUCCAAAACCAAAAAGAAAGACAAGGAUAAAGACAAGAAAUUUGUUUGGAAUCACGGCAUUACACUUCCUCUAAAGAACACAAGGAAGAGGCGGUUCAGGAAGACAGCGAAGAAGAAGUACAUUGAGUCUCCUGAUGUGGAAAAAGAGGUGAAGAGACUCUUGAGCACAGAUGCAGAAGCCGUCAGCGUUCGAUGGGAGGUGAUUGCUGAAGAUGAAUCUAAAGAACCUGACAACAGCUUAUCUCUUUCCAAUCUGGAGUCUUCACCCGGAACCUCUGGACACAAGGGUCACGGCUCUUCAGUCCAACAUGACGAGCUUCGCGAGAUCUUCAAUGACAUCAGCAGCAGCAGCGAGGAUGAGGACGAAGAGGGCGAUCGACAUGACGAUGAAGAUCUAAACAUCAUGGACACUGAAGAUGACAUGGUCAGGCAGCUCCACGAGAAACUGAACGAGUCGGACGGAGGCAGAGAUGAGAAUGACCGGAACAGUCAGAUCGUAAUGGAGUACCAGAUGCAGAUCAACAAUUUGAAGGCCAAGCUCCAGGAAACACGUGCCCGCAAGAAGCAACAGGAGAAACUGAUCAUGGAGGUGGAAAAUCAAGCCCUGAGGGAUCGCUUCCAGGGACUUUUGAAUGGUAUGAAUCGUCAAGAGGAGCAAGAGAUGGAACAGCUGGCUUCCCUUCAAGAGCAGCUGGACUCGCUGAUCGAGAAGUGAUGCUCACCAUUACCAAGAUUCUGCAAUACAAACACACUGACCAGAGGUGACUGCUGAAUACGUACACACGUCUGACUUCUUGUAUUAGCUGAAUUUGAGUUGUCUAAAUAUGUGACUGGCCAUCUGGCCUCAUCAUACAGUGGAUUCGAAGGAUCAAUAAUGCAUUUGUACUUUCCUUUGACCUUUUUUAGUAACUUGUUCCAAUAAAUUCCCAUUUGAAAUAAA